AUGGAUCGUUUACCAGCAGAAGCUAAGCAAUUAAUCGAGUGCUUGAAACCUAUAGAAAGGUAUUUUCCUACCAAGGAACCCCAUGAGAGUUGCGGAGUAUAUUUAGGAUCCAAGCAAUUUACCAGCGGAAUACCGAAGGGCUUAUCGAGAAAAAAAUUCAGUUUUGAAGACUUGUCGAGAAGAAGUGCCGCUACUAACCACCAUCUGGUGCUGAAAGAGUAUUUUGAAGUCGAGAAUAAUUUGCGAAUCGCCAGAGAAGAAGCGCAAGAGCAGAGAUUGUUGAUGAAAGAAGAAUGGAAGAAACUGGAAGAACGACAGGAGGAACUGAGAAAUACUUUUCAAACAUUUAACAACUUCAUGGAACAGAACGAAAACAAACGAGAGAGGUCCAGAAAGAAAUUAGCAGAUACUGCGAUACUAAUGAAACAAAAAACCGAAGAAUUAAAAAACCUCGAAAGGUUGUACAACAAAAUGAAAAUACACAAAGAUUUAUUAGACAAAGCAAACAAACACUUCGCUAUUUACGAGAAUUUCCUCUCAGAAGUCGCCAAAAAGGACAAAAUAAACUUCGAAACCGUUGAGGGAGUAUUCAACAGAUACACAGCCUUAUUAAACACCAGAAAAGACAUCACUAGACGUUGCGACAACUACAUAAAAGAAUACGAAACGAUCAGAAACAAAACUCACCAACUGAUAGUGGAUAAAUACGAAGAAAUCGAAGGCAUGCAAAACGCGAUGACCGAGCUCCAAGAACGCUCUACACGAGCCCAAAACGAGGCCUCGAAAUCCGAGAAUUUCCUCCAGAAAGUCUACCUCGAAGCGCAGAAGAAAGUCGAGGAAAUCGAGUAUACCAAACAAUCCUGUUGGCGAAUUUACUCUGACAUCUGCGCCAGCAAAAACCGGCGACCCGUCCACAAAAACAAUGCAGGAAAACAGCUGGAGGUGAUUAAAAAGUACUUGAGAAAGAUGCGAUUGAUUAACAGAAUGGUAGAAGUGUUGGAAGGCGAGAAUGAGUUACCGGUAGAAGAAAACGAAACUAUUAGUGACAAUAUCGUAGCUAAUGUUAUCAAAACUGUUUCAAUGCCAACGAAAAACGUUACUUUUGUUAAAUAA